UGAGAUAUGUAUUUAGAUAAUAAUGUUUCGUGUCAGUUGAAUAAUAUUUGUAAACAAUACAUGUACUUGUAUUUUAGUUGGAGACAAAUAAGGAUUCCUUUAUUUGUUCAUUUUUCAGUUCAUAAUUCAUCACAACAGUAUCUUCGUCAGUUAGAAAUAAUUUUUAAAAAAUUUUUCAUUAUAGCAUCGAAUGAUAAUUUUUUAAAUACCUCUACUGAUUAAAAAUCUACUUUCAAUUUAUCUUUAGCUAGAGAGAUAAAUUUUUAUCGCAACAUGAACACCAAUGCUGAUGUAAAUGAUAUUCAUUUAGCAUUUAGUAUGAUAAAUGAAUUUGAAACUGUAUGGUUAACGAUAAGUAAUGAGGAGCCUAAUCAAGUCAAUUAUCGUAUAAUAAAAUCAUACUUGGAAUAUAUAAAGAAGCAAUUAGAUUUUAUCAUGAAACCUCAUGCUUUUGAUCCUGUCGAGUAUCCAGAUCUAAUAGAAAAAAGAAAUCACUUUAUGAGAAAAUGUAUUCCACUUAUGGCUAAAGCGGAAGUAUAUUUGGUGAGAUACAAGGAGUUUGACUUCAAUCUUGAAUUAUGGACAUGUGAAUAACUACUAACAUUCCGCGAAUAAUUUUAUAAAACUUUAUCGUUUUUAUAUGUAUAUUUCUAUACAUAAAUUCAAAAUUUUCAACAAUUUCUAUUUGGGGUUAUUUAAGUUGGCGGUUAGUAAAGUUGGGAAAUAUGCACGAGCUAUAAUUGCAAGGUUUAUUAAUUUCUUAAGGUUACACAUUAUGAUGCCGUAAAAUAUUCUACGAAGUAAAAUGUACAACAUGGAAGAUAAAUUUUGUAUUAAAUAUAUAAAUUCUUGUUAUAUGAAUCAUUACGAGAAUCAUGUUCAUGUUCAUGAAAAAUAUUCAUAUAAUUUCAUAACAAAUUCUAUGUAAGUAUAUAUUAAUCACCGAGUUAUAUUACCAUUUCUUAUAUUAUAUAUAAUAUAUUCUUAUAUUAUAUAUAAACUAUAUUGUAUUAUAUAUAAUCCAUCUUAAAAAAACUGAUGUUACGAAUAUGAAAUUGUACAAAGUUUGAAAUAGCAAACUUUACUUCGGGACAUUAAAA